GGGCUGCUCUGCGCCCCGCGCGGACGGCGAUGUUGGGGGGCGGCUUUGGAGCCCGGGAGCGCGAGGCGGAGGGCGACGGGGCGGGAGCUGUGCCUGCGCCGCCUGCCAUCGACUUCCCGGCCGAGGGCUCGGACCCCAAGUAUGACGAAUCUGAUGUCCCAGCAGAGCUUCGGGUGUUCCGAGGACCCCUGCAACAGCCGGCUUUCCCUUUUGCUGUUGCGAACCAACUACUGCUUGUUUCUUUGCUGGAGCACUUGAGCCAUGUGCAUGAACCAAACCCACUUCGCUCAAGACAGGUGUUUAAAUUACUUUGUCAGACCUUUAUCAAAAUGGGGCUGCUGUCUUCCUUCACUUGCAGCGAUGAGUUUAGCUCACUGAGACUACAUCACAACAGGGCCAUCACCCAUUUGAUGAGGUCGGCUAAGGAGAGAGUUCGUCAGGAUCCUUGUGAGGAUAAUUCUCAUACUCAGACGAUCAGAUCAAGGGAAGUAGCCUUUGAAGCACAAACGUCACGUUACUUAAAUGAAUUUGAAGAGCUCGCCGUCUUAGGAAAAGGUGGAUAUGGAAGAGUGUACAAGGUCAGGAAUAAAUUAGAUGGUCAAUAUUAUGCAAUUAAAAAAAUCCUGAUCAAGGGUGCAACUAAAACAGAUUGCAUGAAGGUAUUACGGGAAGUGAAGGUGCUGGCAGGUCUCCAGCAUCCUAAUAUUGUAGGCUAUCACACUGCUUGGAUAGAACAUGUUCACGUGGCCCAAACGCAAGCAGACAGGAUUUCUAUUCAGUUGCCGUCCCUGGAAGUGAUCUCGGACCAGGAGGAUGACAGAGAUCAAUAUGAUGUUAAAAGUGAUGAAAGUAAUGGCUCAUCCAUUAUCUUUGCCGAGUUCACUUCAGAAAAAGAAAAAUCUUUUGGAGAAUCUGGCACGGAAAAUCAGAAUAACAGAUUGGUGAACUACACGACCAAUUUAUUCACAAGAGACGCCAGUGAAUUUGAAUCAUUCAGUGAGCUCCAAGAAAAUGGCUUGGCUGAUUUGUCUUCCAGAUCGAUUGUAGAGCAUCAGCUGCCAGCUAGGCAUAAUUCAGACUUAGAAGAGAAUUUUGCAUCCACUGAGGAAUCUUCUGAAGAAAAGUUAACCUUGUUGGGGCAGACAGAGGUGCAGUACCACCUAAUGCUGCACAUCCAGAUGCAGCUGUGUGAGCGCUCGCUGUGGGACUGGAUAGCCGAGAGAAACGAGCGGGGCCGAGAGUGUGUGGACGAAUCUGCUUGUCCUUAUAUUAUGGCCAGUGUUGCAACAAAAAUUUUUCAAGAAUUGGUGGAAGGUGUAUUUUACAUACAUAACAUGGGAAUUGUACACAGAGAUCUUAAGCCCAGAAAUAUUUUUCUUCAUGGCCCUGAUCAGCAAGUGAAAAUUGGAGACUUUGGUCUGGCCUGCACGGACAUCAUACAGAACACUGACUGGACCAAUAGAAAUGGGAAGAGAACACCAACACAUACUUCCAGAGUGGGUACUUGUUUGUAUGCUUCACCCGAACAGUUGGAAGGAUCCGAGUAUGAUGCCAAGUCAGAUAUGUAUAGCUUGGGUGUCAUCCUGCUAGAGCUCUUUCAGCCGUUUGGAACCGAAAUGGAGCGAGCACAAGUUUUAACAGGUUUAAGAACUGGUCAGAUACCUGAAUCCCUCAGUAAAAGGUGUCCCGUACAAGCCAAGUAUAUCCAGCACUUAACUAGAAAGAACUCAUCCCAGAGACCGUCUGCUGUUCAGCUGCUGCAAAGUGAACUUUUCCAAAAUUCUGGAAACGUUAAUCUCACUCUACAGAUGAAGAUACUAGAGCAAGAAAAAGAAAUCGAAGAACUGAAGAAGCAGAUACGCCUCCUCUCUCAGGACAGAGGGGUUAAGGAUGACAUGAAAGAGGGGGUGUGCCCCUCCAGCCUUAAUUAGGCUCUAUAAAUGUGAAAGUGGACUUGAAAACUCUAAGCUGGUCAACUGGAAUGUAAAUUUUCAAUCUUUAUUAGGGUAAAGAUGGUAUAAUACUUAGUUGUAAUUAGUAAGCCUGUAUAAGACUUAUUAAAGUGAAGUUGUACCCCCAAACUGCUUUUUCCUUAAGUAGGUCUUUUAUAACCUAGCAUCUUGAACCUAAGACUGCUCUAAACUAAACCUAUUCUGCUCUUUCCAUUCUCCUGUCCCGCAA